ACGAGGAUCAACCAUUUACAACAAGGAGCAGCUCAUAUUUUCUAGCAUGCAAUUGGCUCUAUCGUAUCACAAUUACCGGUAGCAUUGAUCUAUUGAUCUAGUCGUGCACAUUUAUAGCCGACCCUACAUGUCGAUGCAGGGACAUGACAUGAACUACCCUGUCACAACCCGCGUAUACCGCACGUGUGCCAUUUUCUUUUUGAUGCGGGAAAGGUUAAAUUCGCUCCUUUGACUGAACACGAUAGUUUGACGUCAAAUAGUGCCUGGCCAGGCGCGAUAAUUCCCUCUUUAUUCGGUUGCUUCCAGGGAAAGCAUAUUCACCGGUUUCUCCGACCUUCCUCUCCGACCCCCCUGUGGAUAGGGUCCCUAGACAACCCACGGAAUGAGGGGGAUUAGGGUGAAAGUACCGCCGAAGUGAGUGCGAUCACAAAUACUUGAUGGAAAAUGUAGCUAUCUCGAAUCACAAGACGUGGCCAAGAGAACAGCAGCGGACUCUUUCUUUUAUUCACGAUCAUAACUUGAUCGCUGAGGCUUCCUUGUUUGGGGAGCGAAGCGAGCCGCUCCACGAAAACCGUAUCUUGCACGUCACCAAUUGGCCUGAUACCACAAAGCACAAUUCCUCGGGGUGGACUAUUCGCCAAGAUGUGCUUUACAGAGUUAUACCAUGAGGGAGUUACGAAGGAAGACGAGAGCUAAAGUUUUCAAGCUAAAUUUAAGAGCCUUGGCCCUUCUGCAUCAGGACAAACGGUGAAUUGAAAUUGAGUCAAUUCAAGCAAUAACGUCCACAAGUCUAGACUCGAGGACCCUUGUUAUGCAAUUGCAGGAAAAGGCUUUGCCGCAAUGAUGCAUGCUUUAGUCUGAGAACAAGCAGGCAUGGUGAUCAGGAUGGGAAUCCUUUCCGUAGAAGUAACGCGCAGCUGAAAGCAAGGCACAAUGUUCCCAACCAAAGUGUUUCUCGCAUUUCUCGUAUCGUCUGCCACUCAUUGCUCUGCUCUUCCAAAAUCUUUCCACAGCGCCAAUGCAGCCGUUCAAGCUGAUUAUAGCCUCAUUGAGCGCACAAUAUUCAAUGGCGAAGGCCACCAUUAUCUUGUAGGCCGAGAGUUGGAUGAGAAUGGAGCACUGAUCUGCGGUGACAACUUGGUGUGCGCAGAUGGAAGUUGCUGCGGGCCAAACAGUAGGUGCGGUUAUGGACCUGAGAUCUGUGGAACUGGUUGCAAGAAUGGAUGUGAUGCCACGGCAAUGUGUGGAAAGUACAGCGCCGACGGAAAGACAAAGUGCGGUAUGAAUUUAUGUUGUGGAGGUGCUGGCUGGUGUGGGACUGCAGAUGCUCAUUGCAAAGGCGAAGUUGGAAAUGAAUGCCAGCAAGGCUUUGGUUCAUGCUCCAAAGUUCCACCCCCCUCAUGUGGCACAGGCUCCGGUACAUCGAGAGGCCGCACGAUUGGUUACUACCAGAGCUGGAACGUUCGCGAUCGGGCAUGCAUGAAGAUUGCUCCGAAGGACUUGAAGACUGAAGCCUACACGCAUAUUUAUUUCUCAUUUGCAAGCAUAGAUCCCAACAGCUUUAAGAUAGCACCGGCAAAUCCGGCAGAUGUCGCCAUGUAUACAGAAUUCACAGCUCUUAAGAGCUCUAAGCUCCAGACGUGGAUCGCAAUCGGAGGCUACGACUUUUCUGAUCCUGGCCCAACCCACACGACAUGGAGCGAUGUAUGUUCAACAGCAGCUAAUCGAGCAGCUUUCAUCUCGUCCUUGAUUCCGUUCAUGGAUCAAUAUGGAUUUCAAGGAGUGGAUAUUGACUGGGAAUAUCCUGGAGAUCCUAAGAGAGGCGGCAAGCCAGCAGACACCGCAAACUUUGUUCUCCUUUUGAAAGAGAUGCGAGCGGCCUUCGGCACAAAAUAUGGAAUAACAAUGGCUAUUGCACCAGAUUACUGGUAUUUGAGAUGGUUCGAUGCCAAAGCCAUGGAACCAUAUGUAGACUGGUUUGGCUUCAUGGCUUACGACUUGCACGGUUCGUGGGACUCUGAUGUCAUGACAUUGGGAUCCAUUGUUCGGGGUCAAGCAGAUAUCCGAGAGAUCAAAAACAACACGAUGCCGCUGUGGUUCGCCGGUCUCAAUCCCCAGAAGCUGAAUUUCGGACUAGCCAACUAUGGUCGAGGAUAUACUCUUGCUGAUCCUAACUGUAACAGCGUGGGAUGUAAAUUCAUCGGUGCAAGCAAGAAGUCCCGCUGUACAGGGUCUGAUGGUGUUAUGUCAUUGACAGAGAUCAACCAAUUCCUCGUGAAAGACCAGGGCAUCCAGCCAAGAUUGAAUCCUGAUUCGAUGAUGAUGGAGAUAACAUGGGAUGAUCAGUGGAUCGGCUAUGAUGACGAGCAGUCCUUCGAACUGAAAAGGCAAUUCGCCGAUUCUUUAUGCUUUGGAGGCACCAUGUACUGGAGUAUCGACUUCAAUUCUGGCGCAGGAGAAGGCGGUCUGGAACCAGAAGUCACGACAGAUGGCACCUGUGGCCCUCAGAAUGGCCAGAAAGUGUGCGGAAAUGGCUUUGGUGAUUGUUGCUCACCGGGUGGUUGGUGCGGUUCCACCGAUGCUCACUGUGGCAGUGGAUGCCAAUCAGGUAAAUGUCUAACGAACUUUGAAACCUCUGACGGCACUUGCGGAGCAAUGCAUGGCAACUCUUACUGCGGUAACUGGGAGCAAGGUCCUUGUUGUUCAUCAUCCGGAUUCUGUGGAAAUAGCCCCGCUCAUUGCAGUAUAUUGACUGGUAGCGACGGUACCACUAAAGGUGGCUGCCAAUCUGGCUGUGAUGGCAAUGGCUUUCCAAUCAAGCAGCCAAUCAACAGCAAUCCCGGGAAAUGGGAAAAGGCACAGUGCACUGAGAAGGUCAUAACAGACGCCGCCAUAUGGCCCAAAGACAGGUGGGAUGGAGUCGACACCAGUACCGCAUUAGACGCUGCUUUCAGCUACUGGGGGACUAGAAAGAGCGGGAAAUUGACCUUUGCGAAGGAAAUCAGCAAUUACUUUAACGGCCCAGAACAAAUGGGAUGCGAAAGCAUAAACACGGCCAAUGGCUGCAACUCUUUCCUCGAAUGCGAUGACACCAAUCACCCCGCAGGAUACUUGAUUCUCAAUGCCUUUGUAUCAAUAAGUAAUUAUUACAACAAUUUCUACUUCGCCAUCGAUCAAGCACAUGCUUUAGUUGGAAGUACUAUCAGCUCCGUACAAGGCACGUUUGCCAAUGUCAAGAACUCCGAAAAAGCUUUACAGAUAAUGUUAGACGUCCUUGGACUCGGAUUCGGAGUAUUUGCAGCAUCUGGAUGGGCUCGAUUGAAGCCAGCUCCAUACUUUCAACAGCCAGGAAGGGGAAUAGAUUUCGACACUUAUAAGGAUACGCUCAAUACCUUGGUGUCCAACGGAAUCACGAUCAUAAAAGAUACUCAAGUCAAGGACAAAACGCUGAGUGUCCAGAAUGCACUUGCUACAAACGUAGCGCUUAUGGCAUCGGGCUGGUACAAGGCCGCUGAAUCAACACUCAAAUCGCUGUUCGAUGGCUCUGACGACUCCAUGAAGACACUGAAGUCAAUGAUUGAUGGUGGAAAACUUCAAGACUUCAUCCCACCAACCGCAGUCGAAAUCAAGGAUACAGUGAUCAGGUCCAUGUACUCCUUCCUCAUUCCAAUGGCGUGGAGCGCUGGUGGUGAUGGCCACGCACCUUUCAUUCUCGACCCUAACACCGAUUGUGAUACUGCUGCUAAGUGGGACGACGACGAUCAUGAGCGCAUCCUACGUAUGAAGAGAGAAACCGCAGCCAAGUCCGGAAUGUGUCUCAACAACAGAGUCUACUACCUCGUCAGCGCUCAAGGCAAGAGAAAUUGUCUCGAAACACACCAGGGGACUGUUUGUAAUGGAUUCGACCUCUUCUCAAUGCUUCCGGGUAUUACAACCCUUGACGGCUCAAAAUGGAGCGGGAUCAACAGAGGCCACAUAAUUGAGGGAAGCAUGAAUUCAUGGACAUUCAACGGUAAAAAGAACGGACUGAAGCAAAACGACGAGAAGCUUGUAUCUCGCGACAACCUCAACAGCAUGGUUGAUCUGAUGAUCACCGCACCGGGAGUCUUUGUUAUCCCAGUCUGCAGCCAGACCGAGGCAUAUGUCAAUUGGGCAGGACAGAAGACGGGCCUGGCAAACUACCCUUGCAAUUAAUUCAAGUUGAUAUUCCAAGAUCAGUGGGUAGGAUAGAGUAGAUAAUGGGAUGAGACAUUGGCUUUGCUCCCUCCUAAGAGGAGCCAAUGUCUUUACACGUUAAUAGAACUCUCAUGUACGCGGUAUGGUUCGCUAUUUAGAAACAAAUCACCAUGAGAAUACAAAACUUUGCCUGAAACCC